AUGUCGCUGGAUCAUCUCGCGCCGCCAGUCGCGCCGCUGCUGAUUCGGCUCCUGAUAUUUGUCUUAACCUGCGCGGUUCGAGGAGCGGCAGCGGCUCCUGUGAUUCUUGACGCCGGUCAAAGAUACGCUCUGGAGAAGAUUUUUAGUGCGUCGCCCGCCAUGGUGGUGGAGGAGGACUACAGCUGCACCCCGGGGGAAUCCUCUCUCAUCGUUUGCAACGCCAGGGGCGCUGUGUCUCAGCUGUCGCUCUACUCCAUGACUGAGCUGCCUUCCGAGAUUCUCCGACUGUCACGCCUGGAGUCACUUGUACUCACUUCUCCCUCCCUUCUCUACUCCUCCCUCCUCUCUACUCCCUCCCUUCUCUACUCCCUCCCUUCUCUACUCCCUCCCUUCUCUACUCCCUCCCUUCUCUACUCCCUCCCUUCUCUACUCCCUCCCUUCUCUACUCCCUCCCUUCUCUACUCCCUCCCUUCUCUACUCCCUCCCUUCUCUACUCCCUCCCUUCUCUACUCCCUCCCUUCUCUCUCCCUCCCUUCUCUUCUCCCUCCCUUCUCUUCUCCUUCCCUUCUCUUCUCCCUCCCUUCUCUUCUCUCCUUCCCUUCUCUUCUCCUUCCCUUCUCUUCUCCUCUCCUUCCCUUCUCUUCUCUCUUCUCUUCUCCCUUCCUUCUCUUCUCCCUCCCUUCUCUCUUCGCUGCGGUUUGA